UUUCAGAAUGAUCCUAGAUACGAACAUACUUACAAUGUCAUCUGUUUGUUUAUAUUUCUAUUGGUUUUGUAAUCGGACAUUUCAGCGUCACCACGCGCAUAUAGAAGCGAGUUUAGCGUCCCUGUAAUCAGUUCUUCGCAAGUUUUUUGAGUACUCUAGGUGAACUUUCGUCUUUUCGUUUCUUAAACCUUUGGCAUAAGCGGGAUCGAUAUAAAUAUGGUGUACAAGACGAAAAAACGUUUGAAUUUUACGAAGUGUUUAAAGUCCAAGUGGCUGACUGAUGUGAAAGAUUAUGAAUUGAGGAAAAGAACAAUUGUGGUCAACAUUUCCAACAAGGAUGCCCUCAUCUCGGGGCCGGAACCUCGCAAAGUUUUGCAGCCGAGAAAGUCCACGAUUUUAGCAGGUGUAAGUGUCAUAAGUGCCGAGUCUCUCGUGCUCAUCAAAAUCUCGGACGAAAUCAAUAUCGGUGGCUGUGUUCUGGAAGACGGCUGGUGUCAGCUGACAGCACAGGACCCAACUUACCCGUGGGAUGUUCCGUUGUACAAGUCCCCACAGUUUGACGUCGGGUGUGUUGAAUUUGACCCUUGCACAGUAACGGGAACCGAAAGGCCAAGCUUGUCUGACGGUGGUGUGAAGAAGUUUAACAUUAAAGUGAACGUGUGGUUCUGCCCGGCUAAAACCAACUGCGGAAUUCAUAAUGUACACACUAAACCGGAGAUGUUAGAGGUCCACACCCAGAUAUAUGGCACAGGUAGAAUGCAGAAAUUCCUCUCCAAAGACUUCAACAGCAUUUAUGAAGAUGUGCUCAUGGUACCUGGAUUUACCCAUGAUCCUUUUGCUGGUGUCAAGGAUAACGGUGACGUUUUCUAUGGUUGGCACCAGUACUACUCUGAUACUGAUUGUAUCUGGAUGGCCAUCGAAUACCAUCCGGCAUGAUUCAGUUAAAACUCUGUAUUCUUCACCCAAAAGCCAGCAGUCAUUAUCAAAACACGGCAAUAACCUUAGCAUAAUAGUUUAUUUUUUGUUGAGCUAUAUGAAUGUAUGAAUUGAGUGCUAUCUACAAAGCAGAAAAAAGCACUGAUAUAAAAAGCAUGUAGUAUCUCUGUGAUUGAGUCCACUGCAAAUAAAUUAUUUCAUAAGUGAA